AAAAAAAGAAAAGAAAAUAUUCAAAAACGAAUAAUAUGUCAGCGUCUGACAAACGAACUGUCAAAAUGACAGACGCGUCAAUAAAGCAACAACAACAACAACGAAAACAACGACAACGAAAUGCAGCUACAACAAGAACAACAAAAAGAACGGCAGCAGCAACAAAAUUGCUGCAUUUAUGCAUCUAUCUAGUCUGCAUAAAACACACGCUGCAACAUGCAGCACAUCAGCGACAGCUGCAACAUGCAGCGCCCGAGGGCAACAUGUUGCAACAGCAGCAGCAACAGCAGCAGCAGCAUCAACAACAUCAAACAACUAGUGUAAAUAGCAGUGUAAAUAUCAAUAUAAGCAGCAAUUUCAAUGAAAUUGUCACCGCCACGGCGACAGCGACGGCAACGGCGACAGCAACACUACGCACAGCAACAACGGCAACGGCAACAAUGGCAACAACAACGCCAGCGCGUCGCAAAUGGCGUCGCAAGUUCGCCUAUGCCACAAAUCGCAAUGCGAGCAGCAACAGUAACAGCAAACGACGCAAACUGUUGCGGCCGCAUCAUUAUCAGCGCAAUGUGACGCAUGCAACGCGCACAACCACAGCAAUAGCAACAAUUGCUGCCAGUGCGAGCGCAACAACAGCAACAACAUUGAUACCAAAGAAACAACAGCAGCAGCAGCAGCAACAACAUUUUAGCUAUCGCACCCGCUUGCAGUCCAGCUUUCAACAGCAGCAGCAGCAGCAACAACAUGUUGCUGGCGUGCAACAGCAACAGCAACAACAGGAACAACAUGUUGUGGCUAUAACGCCGCGACCGCCAAAGCAACAGCAACAUGGCUUUGCUCUGCUGCCUGCCACCUACUAUCAGCAACAACAACAGCAACAGCAGCAACAGCUCUUUGGCAAUCUUAGCCGGCAGCAACAACAGCAACAGCAGCAACACUUUCUCAUACACCCCGGCAACAACAACAUUGUGCUGUACAGCAAUCUGGACUCCCUGCCGCCCUGUCCGCCUGGUGUGCGUCUCAUGCCGCAACAUUUUAUACCCCUGCGCCCAACAACAACCCAGCGCUCCCGGCAACGCGAUUGCCAAUGCAGUCCGGUUGGUUCGCUGUCGACGGCAUGCGACAAACGCUCGGGCCAAUGCUCCUGCCUGCUGAAUGUGGCGGGUCGGCGCUGCGACAAGUGCAAGGCGGGUCACUGGAAUCUCACACAGGGCGUGGGCUGUCACGACUGCCAAUGCGAUCCGCACGGCGCACGCAGUCACGAGUGCAAUCCGUGGACGGGUCAAUGUGACUGCAAAAUUGGGGUCGGCGGGCGGCAUUGCAACGAGUGCACCGAGGGCUUCUUUGGCUUUAGCACAGAGGGCUGCCAGCGCUGUGCCGCAUGCGCGGCAGAGGGUCAAGUCUGUGAUCCGCUCAAUGGACGCUGCAUUUGUCCGAAAUUCACGCGCGGCUUGGGCUGCGCCCAGUGCGUGCCUGGCACCUGGGGCUGGCAGGCGCGUCUGGGCUGUCGUGAAUGCGAAUGCGAUCACAUUGGCUCCAUUGGCCAGCAAUGCGCCGCAGUCGGCGGUCAGUGCCAGUGCCGCGAGGGCUAUGCGGGCCGCAACUGCAACAGCUGCGCCAUUGGCUACUUUGGCUAUCCCGAGUGCCGACGCUGCGGCUGCGAUGCGGCGGGCUCCUUUACGCGCGCCGACGGCUUCAUAGCCUGCGACUCCAAUGGCCAGUGCCCGUGCAAAUCGCUCGUGGUGGGUCUCAAGUGCGAUACGUGCAUGCAGAGCACAUUCGGUUUGUCCGCACUCAAUCCUGAGGGCUGCACACGCUGCUUUUGCUUUGGACGCGCCGCCGAGUGUGAGCAGAGCGAACUCUCCUGGGGUCACAUACGCAUGCCGGAGUCGCGCAAUCUCAGCGUGCAACAGCUGCGACCGCAGCAUGUCACCAGCGGCGACUUCGAGUACAUUGUCGUGGUGCAGAUGGCGGGCAGCGUCUCCUAUCGCGAGGAUGCCGAAAUUCAGCGCAUGAACGAUCUCAGCCUGGUGCCGCGCUCCACGGGCAACGUAUCCAUUGGCGCCUAUGCGCAGUUCUAUCAGCCGCUCUACUUUCAGCUGCCGCCCCAGUUCUAUGGCGAUCGCACCACCAGCUACGGCGGCUAUCUAUACUUUUCGCUGCUAACCGAGGGCGCGCACACGCCGCUGGAGCGGAAGGUGCUGGCGCAGUAUCCGCUGGUGCAGCUGCAUGCGCACGCCAAGCUGGUGUUGGAUUUUUACGAGUACGAGGAAUACGAGUAUUCGCUGAAUGUGACGCAUCGUGUGCCGCUGCAUGAAUCCUAUUGGAAAUAUCAUCACAAUAGUCAGGCGGUGAAUCGCGGCACGUUGAUGGCGGCGCUGCAGAAUGUGCGACACAUAUUUCUGCGCGCUUUUGCGUUUGCCGACUUUCAGCAAGUUGUCCUACAUAAUGUGCACAUGGAUGCUGCCAUAUAUGUGCAGGGCUCCACCAAUCUCAUAGCCAAGGGCGUGGAGCGCUGCAAGUGCCCCAAACGUUUCGAUGGGCUGUCCUGUCAGGAUCCGGGACGCUCGUUCUAUCGCUGGCGCAACACAAGCGACGUGGAAAGUGUGUUUAUUGAGGAUCUGAUUGGACGUGCUGCGCCGUGUCACUGCAAUGGACGCAGCAAUGAUUGCGAUCGCGAGACCGGCGUUUGUUUGAAUUGUCGCGAAAACAGCGGGGGCGCACACUGCCAGCAAUGCGCCGAGGGCUACUACGGCGAUCCGAAUUCACGGCAUGGCUGCCAGGCCUGCCCCUGUCCGGAGACCAAUCGCAACUUUGCGCGCGGCUGCAAUGUGUGGGAGGGCGAGGUGAGCUGCGUCUGCAAGCCCGGCUACACGGGACGACUAUGCGAACGCUGUCGCCUGGGCUUCUUUGGCAAUCCGAUGCAAUAUCCCAAUAGCAGCUGCCAGGCAUGCAACUGCCAUGCCGAUGGCAUACGCGCCGAGGGCUGUGAUGCGGAGACGGGUCAGUGCUAUUGCCGCGAAGGCGUCACGGGUCUAAAGUGCAAUAAGUGCGUGGCACAGCGGCAGCAUUUGCAGGAAAGCGGUUGCACGCUCUGUGACAAUUGCACGCUGCUGCUGCUGGACUAUGUGGAGCUGGUGGGGCAUAAGCUGCGCCGUGGUCUGCAUAACAUGGAUCUGACGGGCAUACCGGCUCCCUAUUUAAAACUUAGCGAAUACGAGCGCGCCUAUGAUAAAUGGCGCGGUCGUCAGCAGGAUUACAGUCAAGCCAGGCAGAUGCUUCUGGGCUAUGAUACAGCAGCGCUGCUCAAACUGGACGCACAUGCAGAGAAUGGCAAAUUUCAGUCGCGCAAGGCGCUGGCGACCAUUGGCAAACGCCAGCUGGCGCUGCAGUCCAUGCAGGACGCGGCUCUUGCACUGCAACAGGAUGUACGCACUCUACACGCUGGGUUGAUGCAAACGCUGUACGAAUUACGCAACUAUGGAAUGGGUGCACAGCAUCUGAGUCUGCCGACGGCGCUGCAGCAGGCGCGCUUCUAUCUGCAGGCUAUACAGCAGCAUCAUCAGCUGGUGCAGGACAUACGCAGCACCAGCGACUGCGCCUGGCAACAGUACUAUGUCACGGGCAAUUCCUCCGAUGCGGCGUACGAUCAGCGUGCACGUCUCGAGAUGCUCUGGCGUGAUCUUAACCAAACCAAUUAUCGCGUGGCGGACAUGCGACUGCACAUCGAUCGCACCCAGGAUGUGGAGAACGAGGCGGACGAUGUGCUCGAGCAUGUGCGCAAUCUAAGCGCUUAUGUUGCCGAGCAGUAUCAGCAACUGAAAGAGCUGGGCGGGCGCAUCGAACAACAGCUUAAUCAUAGUCACACGACGCGUGGCGAGCAAAUGCUGCAAGCAGCCAGGGAGAAGCAAAUGCAGCUAAAUGAGCAGCGGCAGCAGCUGUCUGCCAUGGCUGCGCUGCUGAACGAAACGCUCGCGGAUCAGGCGGAACUGCAGCGCGAGGUGCGCAAGCACUGGCUGCCCAAGGCGGAGAAGCAUGCGGCACGCCUGCUCGAGCGCUCCAAUGAGUAUGCCAGGCAAUUUCAGCCCACAAGAAAUGCGGCACGCAUUGCCAUGCUGGCCAGCUCGGCACACAGCAACAUUUCCACAGCCAUUGCGGGCGCACGCCAGGCAUCGUUGCUGUCCAAGGAACGCGUCCAUGAGGCACAACGCACGCUUUAUCCCAGCGAUGGCAGCUCAAUGAUUGAGCGUGCCAAGCACUCGCUACAACGCUCCAAGCAGCUGCAACGUGAGGCACUGCAGCAAAUGCAAAAAUCCACGGUGCUCAAGGGUAAGCUGCAGCAUCAGGAGCAACAAGUGGAGGGCAUUAAACGCACAAUCUUUGAGACGGGACAGCGCAGCAAUAACAUCACCAGCCAGCUGCAAUUGCUGACGAACAGCUCGGCGCGUCGUCAUGCCCAGGAAAGCAUGGAGCUGGCGCAAAGGACAAGCGAUGAGAUGCAUGCGGAGCUGCGCAAGGCACGCGAGAUGCAGAAAUCCAUACAGCAUAUGCGCAAAUCAUUUGCCAUGCUGGAACCAGACUGGGAGAUCAAGCUGGGCAUGGCCGAGGAGAACAUUUCGCUAACCAAGACAAAUUUGCGUUUCGCCAACGUUUCGCUCAGCUAUGUGGAGCAGCAGGCCGCCAAGGAGCAGCAGGUGUUUGAACUCUGGAACAAUAGCAUGUCCCAGCAGCUGCAGCAGCUAAGAGAUCAAAUAGCCAAGGCCAGGCAUGCAGCGGAAGCGAUUGACGUCUCGCUGGAAUCGCUGGGUCCCAAAUGCAGUCGCACCUAUUUGCCCGUUUCUUAUGGCCUGAGCACAUCCAAUUCUCUGCGCUUGAGCUUUGCCCUGUCCAAUCACAUGGGAAACUCGCCCCUGCUGCAUGUCCAGGGCAGCGAGGGACGGCACAUCACGCUGGAGCUGUAUAAGCGACGAGUGCGUCUGGUUUGGUAUUUGGGCGGCAGCACAGCAACCAUAACACACCCGCUUGAGGUGCAGACACGCGAUCCCAAGUACGAUGAUGCCUGGUAUCAGGUGGAGGCGAAUCGCACGCUGAAUUUGGGCAGCCUGCUGGUGCGUCGCAUGAACAACUUUGGCGCCUUAAUGCCGGGCUCGCCAGUCACGGGCUCCACGGAUGCGGAGCACACGCGUUUCUAUCAAACGCACGACGAGCGCAUUUUGCUGGGCGGCCAUGCGGCCAAGGAGCAAACUCCAGGUCUAAAUGUGGUCGUGCAUCAGGUGGAGGUGGACAAUAAGCCGUUGGGUUUGUGGAAUUUUAUAGGCAGCGAGGGUCGCUGCGGUGGUGCCAUGAUUGGCGCCCGGGAAUCAUCCUCCUCCUCUGUGGCGCGUCAUUUCAAUGGCCUGGGCUAUGCGCAGCUUAAGAAGACGCGUCCGCGUCCCUAUCGCAAGAAUCUGUUUGCCUUACAGAUGACCUUCCGCACACUGGACGAGAAUGCCUUGCUCUUCCUGGCGGUUGAUGACAAGAACAACCGCUCCGUGUCGGUCACAUUGAGUCGCGGUCGCAUCAUGUUCCGCAUUGACUAUGGCGACGAGUCCAAGCUGGAGAUUAAUACAACCAAGAAGUACAACACAGGGCAGUGGAUCAAAAUCGAGGCGGCCAGAGAGUUCUCGACACGACGCAGCACGGAGAAUGGUAUGCUGCGCGUAAACAACGAUCGUGCCAUCUCCGGUGCACCCACAUUGCCUGUGAAGAGUCACAUGCUGCCCGAUCUGUCCAAGGCGGUGUAUUAUCUGGGAGGCGUACCACCAGGCUUCACAUCGGGCACAACCAAGGCGCCGGGCGCCGACAAUCCUUUCCUUGGCUGCAUGAUGGAUGUGCAGGUGAAUGGCGAGACUUACGACCCGCUCGAAAGCUCCACAUACUUUGGCGUAGAGUCCUCCUGCAAGGACAUGAUUACAAAAGCUGGCUUUUCCGGCAAUGGUUACCUGGAGUUGCCAUCGAAGUCGCUACGCAAACGCGCCAACACUGGACUUGUCUUCCGCACACUGCAAGCCGAUUGCCUGCUGCUGCUGGCCGCCUAUCCGCCUGAAGUGCUGACCGAUUACGAUGACAAAGAUAUUAAGGGCAACUAUUCGAUGAGUCUGGUCGAUGGUCAGCUGCAGGUGUGGAUUAAUUCGGGACGCAGCUUCAUUAAAAUGUUCUCCAAUGCAAGUCAGCUGAACGAUGGAGAAUUGCAUGUCAUCAAUCUUAUCAAGACUGGGCGUCGCCUGGAGCUGAUGGUGGACGAUGAACUGCAGGAGGUGCGCAGCCUGACGGGCACGCCCUCACUUGUCAGCCUGCCACAGGAUGCUGGGGGACUAUAUAUAGGCGGCGCACCACCUCAUGAAAUUUACACUCCCCUGGCGCCCACAUUUGUGAAGCUCGAGGGCGCUGUCCGGGAUGUGGUGUUCAAUAAUCGUACGAUUAAUUUUAAUGAUGCUUUGACCUUUGCCAAUGUGCAGAUUGGACGCAAUGGUCCGGUCAUGGGCAGCCUCAAGGGCGCCCUCUACGAUGUGCUGCUCAAGACGGAGCCGAUGAUUGGCAAGAGUUUUACCGCCUCGCCGGAAGGCUGCAAGCGGAUUGGCAGCUACUCCUACGAACCGAAUGCCUUCAAGUUUGGCGACGAGCUUUAUAGCUAUGCGCAGCUGAAGCUGCCGGAGCGACACUUUUGGCAGCGCAACUUUCAGCUGAGCUUUGAUUUCCGCUCCUUCUAUCCCAAUGGCAUGCUCUAUUUGUCGCCGGGCAGCAAGGAGAAACCCAAGCAUUAUGUGGCCCUGCUCCUGAAGGAUGGCCAACUGGUGUUGAUUGUACGCGGACGACGGCGCGAGGAGCUGCUGCUCACGGCCAAGCUAAACGAUGGUGAAUGGCAUCGUGUAACCAUCAGCUGCCACGAGCGCAAGGUCACCCUGAGCGUUGAGAUUGGACGCACGGAUCAAAAGACCUCGGCGCAAAUGAAGGUGCCCAAAAAAAUAGGCGCCUCACAGCUGCUGCUGGUCGGUGGCCUGCCACAAGCUCCCGUCAAGGUGCCUUCGGAGCUGUACAUGCGACUGGAGGCAUUUAAAGGCUGUCUGCGUCGCGUGAAUAUUAACAAUAGCACACAGGAUCUGGCACGUCCGGGCAAGCAUGCAAAUGUGGGUCAAUGUUUUCCAACCGUCGAGCGCGGCAGCUUCUUCCCAGGCGAUGCCUAUGCCAUAUACAAAAAAAACUUUCAUGUGGCCAAAUAUCUGGAACUGGAAAUGGAAUUUCGGACCUCUGAGCUCUCCGGCAUAUUGCUGAGCGUUUCCGAGCCAAGCGGUUUUCCCGCACUCUCCCUGGAGCUUAGCAACGGCAAUAUCGUUUUCUCUUGUGACCUGGGCGAUGGUGUGCCAUUCCGUGUGGAGUCCACGCUGCCGAGCAAAUAUGCGCUCUGCGACAACAAAUGGCAUAAUAUAUCCGCGCUCUAUGAUGGCGAACAGAUUGCGCUUAGAAUUGACCAGCUGCCGGCCACGAUCAGCAUGUCAAAUCAACGCAAUGUGGGCAAAGUGCAAACACGUUCGCCCCUCUACAUUGGCGGUCUGCCAGAUGUUGCACCCAGCGGCUGUUUGCUGGCGCGUGAUAAUUUCAAGGGCUGCAUACGCAAUGUUUCUAUACGCAACGAGAGACGCGAUUGGAUCGAUAUGGAUGAUCUGCACAAUGUGCUGCUCAGCGAAUGUCUCGUGUCCAGCGAUGAGUAGCUACUGAUUGCCGGGAUGCUUUUUCUGGUUCCUGUUUGAUGAUGCCACACCAAAACUUUUUCCAAAUGUAUUGUGAUCAAUUAUGAGUUUUAUUUUAGCCAUAGACUUAGACAACGUCCAGUUAUAGUUGCAUAUCCACUGCCAUAUAAGUAAUAUUUACAUAGCUAUACGUUUCGGCUUGUACACGCACAAGUUUUCAUUGCCAGUGACUGCAUUUUAAUUUUAUUAUAUUAACUAGGCCCCACAAGUUUUUAAUUUAUUUUAUCUUUUAAUUUAUUAUGUUUUAUUUUAAAGAGGCUUUAAGUUUGCAAAUCGAUUUUAUUUCAAAUUUAAUUUAAACACCCAAACUACUUGUUUAUGAAUCUCCCAUUUGUACAGUACUUAUGCACCUAUCUAUUUAUAAAAUAAGUAUUUCAAUUAGCUGUAUUUAAUUAUAUAAUUAUACUCAUUUGUACAUAACA